AUCUGCGCAAUCUUGCUCUCACACUCAACAAUCAUGCCUGAUUCCAAGAUGGUCUCACGCGCCCUUCUCGCCGCCCUUGCACUCCCUGCUGUCUCUGCCGAGCUUCCCCCAGGCGCCAUUGCUGUGCCCCUGAUCCGAGACGCCGAACUCGACGCAUACUACGCAGAGUUCCAGGUCGGAACGCCCCCGCAGAAGGAAUACCUCAAAGUCGAUACUGGCAGCCCACGAUAUUCCUUUCUUAACCCGCGCAACCAAGAAUGUGUCUCGGAUCCAGCGUCAUGCACUACUUUUGGCACUUUUGACAACUUGACCUCUUCAACUUGUCGUUAUGAAGGACCUGGCUUCUACGAUGAACUCUACGCAUUAGGAUUUGGCGAUUACCUCAGUGACACCUUGGUCCUGGGCGGUGUCACCAUGCCCAACAUGUAUUUCGGGUACACGUCCAAUUAUACGGCCGGAAAAGUAGUUCCAGAACCAAUUCAAACUAUUCUGGGCCUGUCUCUCGAAUGUUAUCCGGAGGAGCCUGACUGCAUGUCCAAAGGGGCAUAUUUUCUACCAGAGUUGAAGAACGCCUCACUGAUUGACGUCAUGGCAACAAGUAUGUACCUUGGGCCGGAUGAAUUCAACGUCACCAAUGCCCAGAUGAUCAUUGGUGGCGCCUAUGACAAGGCAAAGGUGGACGGUGACAUGUUCACGCUGGAGAUGGUGGAUCCAUUCUCCACACUCACCGGCGAACAAACGAACUACGUGAACGUCACUGCAAUGGAAGUUGUACUUGACGGCGGCAACCGCACGUCACAAACCUUUGGAGAUAAGGGUGUUGGUGUCCCCAUCUUGCUCGACACGGGCAUUGCAACCUGGUACGUGACUGAUACCAUUUUCGGCGCCGUCUCCUACGGAUUGGGUAUUACCGCCUUCCAACCUGGAAAACAGGUGACCUCUGUUGACUGCAAGUACCGGGACCCCAACAAUGCCAAGGGCUACAUCUCUGUCGAAUUCGGCGCUAGUGGCAAGAUUGACGUUCCGCUGCACGAAAUUAUCUCUCUGUUUGCUAAUAGCACGUGUGGCGUCUACAUGGAGCCUCGCUCGGAAACCGAUAUUGGCGUACUCGCAGACCCCUUUAUUCGUGCAAUUUACGCAAUCUUCGACCAGACCCACAGGACCAUCACAAUGGGCAAAGCAAAAUACACAACUGAGCAGAACAUUGUGCCCUUCCCCGAGGGAGGUUUCACAGUGGGCUCCAAGGUCAGCUCUUAGACACGGCACAUGUAUAUAUUUGUAAUCCGGUUAGAAUGUACAUAUUCAAGUUGGGAUUGUGAGAUCCAAGCGCUCUUAUGCAAGAGGAAACGCGACAGAUGAUGUUUAAUGAUGUCGUGGUUACCAAUCUUGACACAUUCCAAUGAUGCAUUUCAACUCGUAAAGAUUUAUUUCAAGUUGUUGAGG